AGCACGCCUCUGAGUCGACAUUUAUUCGUUUCGGGUAUCUUCGCGGCAAUUCUCGCGACUUUCAAAAACUGAUUGUCAUUUUUCACUAGAAGUAUAAGUACAAUAAAAUAGUAUAGAAGAGUUAUUCCAAUUCGAAGUGAAAAUGAGUAAAAGAAAAAAUACAUUUUCUGAAGAAAAAUGUCCUAAAACUCCCAAAACUGAAUGUAUUGGUGAAGAAAUUCAACCAAACUGGCAGGAUUUUGAGUUGUUGUCUCACGAAACUAACAUAGAUCCUACAGUAGCAAAAUCAGUGAUAAAACUUCUAGAUGAAGGCAAUACUAUUCCAUUUAUUGCAAGAUAUCGUAAAAAUAUGAUCAACAAUAUGACACCUGAAGAAUUGAGAGUUAUUAAAGAGGAAUAUGAAGAAAUUAUUCACUUGAAGUCCAAAUUGAAAAGUAUUACCAAAACUAUUGAAAAAACAGGUCAACUAAAUCAGCAUGUCAGGAGGUCAUUAGCUGCAGUAAGAACAAUUGAAGAAUUAGAGCAUUUGUAUGCCCCAUUCAAACCAGAAAGUAAAAGAAGUUUGGCAGAAAGAGCCAAAUCCAUUGGUUUAGAUAAACCUGCUCACAAUAUUCUUUAUAACAAGUGCCAAGAAGACCUUACUAAAUAUGUGAAAUCUGAUCAGGAAGGACUAAAAACUCUGAAAGAUGUACAGAAAGGCGUUGUCCACUUUAUAGCAUCAAUAAUAGCUAAUGAUACAGAAGUGUUAGGACAUGUCAGAGAAUUGAGGGAGAAACAUUAUUUUAUUAUCGAAACAAAAAAAAGUUCUACAAAGAAGGAUGAGAAAAAUUGUUCAGAUCACAAGAAUAAAAAUGUAGACGAGUCAAAAUAUAAAUUAUACUUCGACUUUAAAAUUAGUAAUACUGACAUAAAACCUCAUCAGGUUUUAGCAAUAAAUAGAGCAGAAAAUCAAAAAGUGUUGACUGUGAAAAUAAGCAUACCUGAUUUCAUUUUUAAUAAAUUCAAUUCAUUUUGUACAUGUAAGUUUGCAAUACAUCCAGGAAGUGAGGCCCGAUAUUUAAUAACGAAAGAAGGAAUUGAAGAUUGUUAUGAUAGAUUAGUUCGACCACUGCUGGUUAGAGAAACCAGAUCCACUCUUAAACUAAUGGCAGAAAAGGCUGCUAUGGAAACAUUCAGCCAAAAUUUGAAACAGUUACUACUUGUUAAUCCUAUUAAAGGAAAAUUUAUAUUGGGUAUUGAUCCUGGAUUCAAAAAUGGUUGUAAGUUAGCAUUAAUAUCUGAAACAGGUAGUCUACAUGCUAAAGCUACUAUUCAUCCCUUUUCUAGAAGUACUUCAGAUGAAGCAGCUUGUGUUCUUAAAGAUAUUCUAACAAAAUAUAGAUGUGAACUUAUAGCAUUAGGUAAUGGAACAGCUUGUAGAGAAACAGAAUCCUGGUUAUCAGAUUUAAUAAAUGCAAAUACAUUUUCACCUCUCAAGGUAGCCUAUACCAUUGUCAGCGAAGACGGGGCAUCAAUUUAUUCUUGUAGUCCUGAAGCAAAAAAAGAGUUUCCUGAUUUAGAUACAAAUAUAAUCAGUGCAAUUUCCUUAGCCAGAAGAGUUCAAGAACCUUUAGCUGAAUUGGUAAAGGUAGAACCACAGCAUUUAGGAGUUGGAAUGUACCAACAUGACCUAAGAAAAAAACAUCUCAAUGAAGCAUUACACGAAGUUGUAUCAGAGUGUGUUAGUUUUGUGGGUGUGGAUUUAAAUACAGCAUCUCAAUGUUUACUUAAGGAAAUAGCAGGGUUAUCUGAGAAAAGAGCGCUACAAAUUAUUCAGUAUCGUGAAAAAACUGGUAAAUUCACUCAUCGUAAAGAGCUACUAAAAGUAAAAGGUAUAGGUGAAAAAGUGUUUCAACAGUGUGCAGGUUUUUUGAGAGUUGGUCCCAUCAAUAUUGAAGAAGAAAAUAAUUUCUAUGAUUCCCCGAAUACAACAAAAUUAGAUAGGACUAUAAUUCAUCCUGAAUCAUACUCUACAGCAAGAGAAUUACUGAAAAAAAUCAAUUUGAAAGAGGUAGAUAUUGGGAGCCAACAUUUCAUAGAAAAAGUGGACAAAAGUAAAAUAAGGGAAAAUCAAUUAUCAAUUGAGCUAAAAACAGAUGAGCAAUCAAUAAAGUUAAUAUUAGAAGCCUUAAGUAAACCCUUGAAUCAUGAUCUUAGAAGUGAAUUGAAGAUUAUACCAUUGUUUAAAAAAGGCCUUACAAGUGUAGAUGAUCUGAAAAUAGGAACUGUUUUAAGUGGUAAGGUGACCAACGUAACACAUUUCGGUUGUUUUGUGGAUAUUGGAGUCAAAUGGAAUGGUUUGAUUCAUGUCAGUAAAAUGAAAGGAGUCCAAUUGAAAAUUGGCGAUAGAGUUGAAGUUGAGGUAAUAAGUAUCGAGUUAGAACGUAAACGAAUUGGACUCAAAUUUCUGAAAAUAUCCUCCAGUUAAAUACUUAAAGACAUUAAAUUAUUAAUUUUAAUUUGUUUUGUUUGUUAUUUGAUGAUUUAUUAUUGAUUGAUUAUAUUUGUGAAAUAUUUUGAAGUUUUCAAUAAAAUUAUCUCAAGAACUAAAUUGUUAUUGUUUGAAUUUAGUUUUGAAAUUACUUAUGUCAUUUUAUUCGCCCAUAUUUGAAAUAUUCAAGGCA